AUGGCGGGCUGGUCCUCACUCAAAUAUGCUUUCAUUGCUUCAAGCAUUUUUACAAUUACCAGUGCUCUUCCCACGGACGGCUUGGCCCGUCGGGAUUAUCAACUCCAGAACGAAUACAACGACUAUUAUGCCCAUGACAACAAUGACUACUAUAACCAAGGUUAUAGAGCCAACUCGAAUGAGCCGACAUCCGUUAAGUAUCAAAACAAAGCCACAGUCGCGCCCAGACCUAGCGCAACUUCUUCAACUCCUUCAACAAGGACCCGAACUUCGAACCCUCGACCAAAUGCUCCAGGUCCAAAGGCUGACGAGGGGGAAUAUGACCCUACGAGUCUCGAAGGCUUCCGCGGAUCCUAUGGCAGCGAUCCAAAGGGACCCAUCAUUGUGACGGGUGUUCAGAACGGACAAACCGCCGUACGCAAAGAGAUUAGAGACUUGAUCAAAGACCAUACCCAGUUCAGCUUGUUCAUCAUGGCUCUCUACAGACUUCAAAAACAGCCUCAGGAUAUGGAAACUUCAUACUACGGCAUUGCCGGUAUCCACGGAGCACCUUUCAAAUCAUGGGGUGGUGUGGAACUAAAAGAGGGCGGGAACCCAGAGUGGGGAUAUUGUCCCCAUUCGGACGUAUUGUUCCUUCCGUGGCAUCGACCUUACAUGGCUCUUAUUGAGCAGAUCAUGUGGAAGCAUGCUAGCGAUAUCGUUGACGGAAUCCCGGAAGGCCCAAAGAAAGAAAAAUUCAAGGCCGUCCUCCCAAGCCUUCGCUUCCCAUACUGGGACUGGGCUGCGGAUGGCAGCAUCCCUGAGGAAGUCUGUCAACAAAAUAUUAUCCCGAUCGAAACUGUCCGAAAUGAUAGAGAAAGUAUCCCGAAUCCGUUGUACGCUUACAACUUCAGUGACCUGUCAGAGUUUACAAAUUACCCAUGGGGAAAUGUUACGGAAACUAUUCGCUUCCCCGCAAAGUUUGGGACUCCAGCUACUCACACCAGACAGAUUAACGAAGUUAUGAAAGCUAGCGAAGGCACCUGGAGGAACAGAGUUUACCAGGUUUUGACCGGCUAUAAGACUUUCACUAGUAUGGCUAGCACUGGCUAUGACCGAGCAAACGGUUUCAGAUUCGAAUCUUUCGAAGCUAUCCACGGAAGCGUCCACUUGGCCGUUGGCCAGAACCUGGACGGUCUCGGAAGCGGUGCGAUUUUGGGAGUUGACGGGGCGAUGCUUGGACACAUGAACCCACCUGUUUACUCUGCUUUCGACCCCAUCUCUUGGCUUCACCACAUCAAUGUUGAUCGUGUAUUCAACAUCUGGCAGACUAUGAACCCAAAUGCCUAUAAGUUCUCUGGUAGAACCAGAAUGGGAACUUGGGCCGUGCCAUUCAACGCUGCGGUCGACGAAAGGACACCACUUUAUCCCUUCAAGAAAUCGGCAAACGAAUUCUUCACUGGCGCUGACGUCGAGAAUCCAAAGCAAUUCGGUUACUCCUACCCUGAAACAAACAGCGGCAAUGCUCGUGAUACAUUGGUCGCUGUUAACAAGCUUUAUGGCUCCCGAACUCCUGCUUUCGAGAUCAAAAACGCUCGAGACGGAUCCCGUCGCCAGAAACGUCAGGAGACAAACCCUGUUGCCUCUGUUGUUGACAAUUCUAACAAGUACACUGACUGGAUCAUCAAUAUUGAGGUUAAUAACGGCGCUGAAGUUGGAACUUUCGGUAUCAACGCAUUCCUUGGCGAGCCCUCUACAGACAAUGCUGCAAAGUGGAUUACCGACCCAAAUUCCGUCGGUGCACAUGGUGUCCUAACCAGAUUCGACGCACAUCCUGAUGUCCUUGUCACUGGUACAAUUCCUCUGACUGCCGCUCUUCUGAAAAAGGUUGAAUCUAAGGAGAUUGAAAGCCUUCUCCCCGAUGUUGUCAUUCCGUACCUUCUCAAGAACUUGAAAAUAAAGGUCAGAACCGCUACUGAUACAAUCGUCGAGGAUCUCAAGGAGGUCAAAGAUUUGAAAAUUGAGAUUGUGGCUGGAGAAGUUGGCUUGCCAAAGGACAUGGCAACAGCUCCAAGCUAUGGCGAUUACCAAACCAAGAUUGACUGGGUUGAUGUCGCUGGUGGUAAAUUGACACCCAAACCUCAGUAG